AUGCACUCGCCGUCUUGCGUCGUCAGUGGUUGUCAAGCGCCAGCGCUCUUUGGCCUUAACAAGUGCACGAUGCACAAGAAUCGCAAGAUCUGCUCCGUCCACGACUGCUGCAACAUUGUCUACGCGCGCCAGCUCUGCGUCCGCCACGGCGGCAAGAAGCAGUGCAGCGAACCAACCUGCUCGGCUUACGCGCGAGGUGGCGACUAUUGCGGCGACCACGGCGGCCUCUCGCUCAAGCGCUUUUGCAUCGUCGAAGACUGCUUGCGCCAAGCCCACGCCAACCGCAAGUGUGUGCGGCACGGCGGUGGCCGGUUCUGCAAAGCCCCCGGGUGCCCCCAGCACUCGCGCCACGGCGGCUUUUGCCACCGCCACAUGGUGCUGGAAACGCGCGUCCAGGCCAAGCGCGCACAGCCCGUGAGCUACAUCAAGAUCGAGCCCAUGACCAGUGUCCCGUUUCUUCCCGAGCCCCAAAAGUACGAGCUCGACGCGAUCGACUCAUCGAUUCUGUCGCUUCUGGACGACGAGUCGUGGGUGCACAGCGGCCCUUGCAGCCCCGACACGGUUGUAGCCUUCGACUGGCAUCUCCAUGCGUCGUCGUGACGGCUAAACUACGACGAUCAAUAGUAUUUAUCCAUGGAUUCGCAACGAUUUCAUCGGUCGCGAUACGACCCAAAAUGAAUUCAUCGAUUUGAAG